CUCCGCAGUCCUCUGGGCUUGUCAAUGCACGAGGUUGAUUAAUGAGCCCCCCGCAAGUUUUAUCUCUUUAAAAGGAGCUCUCACUUGAAGCUCGGCCGUUGCACAGGGAAAGGCGAACAGGGUUGCGGGCCUUUUGGAACUUUUAUGCUUAAAGACUAGGAAGCUUGAGAAAAACGGAUCACCUCUCUUCACCUUUACACCUGUUACUAAAGCCCGAACAAGAAGCAUAUAAUGAAGUUGGCCGAGAUCGUUCUCUGUAUAACCACUGUCCUUCUUUUGACCUUCACAACCGGAAAUGGAGCACCUCAGUGGAGGCCUCAAGGACGAUUUGGAAAGAGGGUACAAAACAACUUGCCACUUCUUAUAAACGAAGAUUCAUCAAACCACUCCCCCGAGCCUGCUUCUUCAUCGUAUGAGAUUCCUAUAGAAAAACUAGAGACACGCAGUGACGGCAGUGUUCUCAGGCUUCUCGACAGACUCUGCACGGAGUCCAAUGUCCCUGGCUUCAGGAAAUGUUUGUGGAACAAACGCAAGUAAGAUGCUGAGUCAGCGACCAUAGCUGCGACCGGAAGGGAAAGACCCCAUUGUUUCAAGCCAUCACAAGCUCUACCCCUAUGACGUAGGCCUGACGUCAUCCUUAUGCGAUGUUUACGUCACUCCUCUCUGACAGUCACCUUCAUGAACUAUAUUCAGACGCGAAUGAUCCUUCAAAGACACUACAAUUCAGCUAUUGUAAAUUUGUGAUAAUAUUUAUAUCUCAGGAGAAACUGCACCAACAUUACAAGGUCGUCCAUUAAAUAACUCAGUCGAAGAUACAUCUAAUGUCCGAUCCGCAGGAUGAUCAUUUGAUCGUGUGCUGGCAUGUAGUGUUAACGUUGGAUGACGGUAUAUACAUCUAUCACAAGACGUUACCACACCGACGUGCUUCAGUUAAGGAAACAAAGAUUCCUGUAAGGAAUUUGUUUCGGAGCUGAAUGUGACGCUAUUAGAUUCUGACCCCAUACGAUUUCAAUGGAAUUUUCACACAAGAAUGGUAAUGUAGAUAACACUGAUAUAGACCAUAUCUGCCACGUUUACCUUUCCGCCAGAUUAACGCUACAUGCCACGUACACGACAGUACCUAUUGCCCAGCCAGGUUUUGAUCGGAUAUGUUGCCCAGUUGAGCUCAACCAGAUGUGAUCAUGUGACCAAGUGAUCCCCUCUGUUUCACAGUGUUCAUUUGACAAUAAACAUGUGAUGGAUG